UUUCAUAUUUUGUGUUAACACUAAUAAAUAGCGUUGUACUCGGUCACAAGAAGCUGUUCACAUAUUACCUUUAAAUUAAUAAACUACAACCCGAUUAUGCUGGAAACCGAUCCCUUACCGCAACCUGGAGACACCAAAAAGGCUAAAAAGCGUAAGACUGAAAGCAACAAAAAACAAAAGGAUAAGAGAAAAAUGUUUGAAGAAGGUUUAACUUUCGAAGAACGUACUAAAAAAGUUGAACUUACUAUAUUAAAAAAAAACCUACUUGGUAAUGCCUAUAAGGCCAAUAUUUUUGAAGAAUUGGCGGAUACGUCAGCCUUGAACCAACCUUCUCUGCAGUUAACAAAAACGCUGCAGAACCUACAUGGUUGUACUAUUGAAAAAAAAGCCACAAGAAGAAACCGAAUUCUCCUUUGUCUCCCUGGGCAUAUCAAGUUUAAACAAAUCUGCACUGAAGCUAAAGAUAUCGGAAAGUUAAAAAUGGACUCUACUUCUCCUACGCUAUAUUUGAACUUUACAGAGGUGUGUCGUCCUCAAUUUUACGGCAGGCAAGCGUUUAUAGUAUUGUGCUGGCUGCAGGGCGUUCUCAAACUCCUUGGAAUGGUGGUUUACACUAAAAACAACUUCAUAUCGUUUCAAGCCACGAGGAGUAAAGAGCUGCUGUGUCAGGACUCUUUUCAGAAACUCGUGGUCUUUUCCCAGGCAGUGUGGAUAGGCGACCAGGCAAACAACCCGGAGGAGCAGUCGCUUCCUCUCCCCCUAAACUUUAAGGAGAAAUAUGUGGAGGGCAGCUCGAAGCACGUGGAAGGAAAAUCACACGAUCGCGUUAAGCGCUUCAAAGGGGAUGUGAAGAGGGAAGAGCGGCGAUCUAGCAGCAGCCCGGAGCAUACGGAGAGUGUUUCAGAGGAAUCAGUCGACGAGAACAUCAGUUCGCUAAAAAGCAGGCUCCAACGAAAGAAAGCAAGUCGGCCUUACAAACCGCUCACAGAGUAUCUUUGGAACUCAUGAAAAGCUAUAAAAAGGUCUCGACAUAAGUAUUUAAUAAAGUUUUCACAUUACCCUGAAGAGUGGUG